GGUAUGUUUAAUAGCUCUCGGUUGGUUGCAUUAGCUACAUAUUAUGUUUCUUAAAUAUUGUUAAUUUUAAUUACUCAUAAAAAUAAAAUCGUACUUAAUUGUAUUUAGUUUUCAUUGAAUAAAUAUAAUUAUUUAGGUUAAUACAAUGGAUCAAACGAAAUUACCUAGAAAUGUAACACUUAUUAAAUUGAGUUUUUUCUUAUUCUUAGGAGGUGCAGCGCCAUUAGCCAUGUUCCUACCUACAAUAGCAAAACAGAUGGGAUACUCUAUGUCAAUCUAUGGUACUAUGAUUACUUGUGCGUUGAUAAUAACUAUGAUUGCUUCUCCUAUUUUUGGAUAUUUAGUAGAUAAAUAUCGAAUUAGAAAAUUAGUUUUUUCGACUGGGGUGUUAGUCUUUGGAAUUUUUGGAUUUUUAAUGACUUUUGUUCCUGCUAUUCCGCUUGAAACAAAUUCAGAGUUAAGAUGUGGAAACAACACGUAUUUAAAAAUAAUUUCACAGUUCAACCAACUACCCAAAUGUGACGAAGAACAAUUUUUGGAUUCGAAAAUGAACGGACAUUUUUUUUGUCAGCUUAACUGUCAAGAAAACCCUUUUAAUUAUGAUGAUAAAUCCAAAUCUUUGGACCAAUAUUAUAAUAACUUUACGAGAAUAGAAAAGUGGAUAAACUCAGAUAAUUAUUCAAGUAAUACGAAAGAAGACAGACAUCAAAUCGAUAUCUCGACUGAAAUAUAUUUUACAGAACAUGUUGAAAAUACUUAUGUGUUUCGCAUAUUAUCAGCUCAUAUCAAUGACAGCCCUAUACCAUCAUUGUAUUGCCAAAGUCAGAUUAACACCAACUGCCAUGUGAAUUGUUCUGUUCAUCUUUUGAACGAAUUGGCCUCUAGUCCUACAUUUAAAAGAAACGUUCUCGGGCUGUAUACUUUUUGGCUGUUUUUCAUUGUUGUUAUAUUACUGGUGAUGUCCUUUUACGUACCUAGUGCCAUACAAAGCGCUCUGUGUCUUGAUCUUUUGGGCAACAAACAUGAAAAUUAUGGCAAGAUUAGAUGUUGGUCGUCUGUUGGAUGGGGAAUUUCUUCGAUUGCCAGCGGUUGGCUGGUAGACUAUUUCAGUUCCGACCCCAAGAAUAAAAACUAUAUGCCGGUUUACUGUACAUGCCUUUUAAUUUCAAUAUGCCAUUUUAUUGUGAUUCUUAAAAUUAAAGUCGUUGAUACUAACAAAGCAAAAGAAAAUAAAAGCAAAAUUCAGCCUAAUAUAUAUAGAUUAUUGAAAAAAGGCUAUGUGUUUAUUUUUUUUGUCUGGAUCUUAGUGAUGCAAUUUUUUCAUGGCAUAAUUAGUUAUUACCUGUUUUGGUAUUUGGAUGAAAUGACUUCACAACACGAUUGUAAUAAACGUCAAUGGAUAAAAACACUACAAGGUCUCGCUCAAGGUGUCCAAUGUUUCGGCGGAGAGUUACCGUUUUAUUUUUUGUCUGGUUGGAUCAUACAAAAGUUGGGCUAUUUGAAAUCAAUGUCUUUGACAUUAGUAGUUGUUAGUGCUAGAAUGUUUUUCUAUUCAGUCAUUUUGAAUCCAGCGUGGGUUUUAUUAAUAGAAAUAUCAAACGGAAUGUCUUUUGCGUUAGCCGAGGCCACUAGGAUGUCUUACGCUAAGCUCAUUUGUCCUCCCGAUGAGCUUAAUUCAUUGAUGGGCUUAAUCGGGUUUUUCCUUGCUGGUGGCGAUUGUGCCGGAAGCCUAAUUGGUGGUUAUUUAUACGAAGCUUUUGGGGGCGAAAGAAUGUUCAAAUUGUCUUCGUUCAUAGUAGCAAUACUGUGUGUUUUGCACAUACUAAGUGGUAUUUUCAGUUUGUCAAAGGAGUUCAAGAUAAAGGAUUUUACACCAGUUUCUACUCAAAACGAGAUUAAUGCAAAGUUAUAAGUUUUUAACAUGGUUAUUAGUAAAACUGAGUGUAUACCUAAAUGGAUAGCACAGGUUUCAUGUAUUAAUUUUAUAGAAAUAACAUUCGAGAUCAUUAAAUGCUAUUCCUUUCCGGGUUGCUUUCAACAGUAACAAUUACGAUCUUAGAUUAAAAAAUUUCUAAAAAAAAUGCAGUUACCUCAUAUACACACAAACAAUUAAAUGAAAGUUAUUAUGGGCAUACAGCGUGGAUUGUAGCAACUAUACACUGUCCCUACUUGCCAGUCCACCCUUGCGAGGUAAGUAUAUUUUACAGUAUAGCAUCGCAAUGGGUCUUAUUUUUUUUCCCCAUUCAUUGAAAACGGUGUAUAAUUCUAUUACUAAACUAAUAUAAACACCAUACAUUAUUACCUUAUUUUGUUGUUUAAUUAGGAAACGUGGUCGGUGGUUAUUUUAUAAAUGUUCUCAUAAACAUAAUUUGCUUUAGAUUAUUCAGUAUUAGUAUCUUUCAAAUAAUAACGAAUAUGAGUACAAAACAGAUGUGCAAAAGUGAAUAUAAUAUUAUAACAGCACAAACUUUUUGACGUUAUUAAUUAUUUAUACCUCUAUUGCAUCAUAACGUGUAUAAAUAUUUUGCAAUCCUGCCUAAUUAUAAUUAUCCUAGUGAUAGAGUUUCAACUUCUCAAGGUUUAAAUAUUAAAAGCUAGAACUAU